UCUCUCCAUCUUAAUUAGUCUCUUCUCUCUCAACUCGUCGUAAAAUAAAUCAAAAUGAUCACCGGCAAAGAUAUGUACGACGUACUAGCGGCGAUGGUGCCGCUAUACGUAGCUAUGAUGCUAGCCUAUGGUUCGGUUCGGUGGUGGGGAAUAUUCACACCGAGCCAAUGCUCCGGUAUAAACCGGUUCGUUGCGGUUUUCGCGGUUCCUCUCCUCUCUUUCCAUUUCAUCUCCUCCAAUGAUCCGUAUGCCAUGAACUACCAUUUCCUCGCCGCUGAUUCUCUUCAGAAAGUCGUCAUCCUCGCCGCGCUCUUUCUUUGGCAGGCGUUUAGUCGGAGAGGAAGUCUAGAAUGGAUGAUAACGCUCUUUUCUCUAUCGACACUACCGAACACGUUGGUAAUGGGAAUCCCGUUGCUCCGGGCGAUGUACGGGGACUUCUCCGGUAACCUAAUGGUGCAGGUCGUGGUGCUUCAGAGUAUCAUAUGGUAUACAUUAAUGCUCUUCUUGUUUGAGUUCCGUGGCGCUAAGCUUCUCAUCUCCGAGCAGUUCCCGGAAACGGCCGGUUCCAUCACUUCUUUCCGUGUUGACUCUGAUGUUGUCUCUCUCAAUGGCCGUGAGCCUCUCCAGACUGAUGCGGAGAUAGGUGACGACGGGAAGCUCCACGUGGUUGUCCGGAGAUCAAGCGCCGCCUCAUCUAUGAUCUCAUCGUUCAAUAAAUCUCAUGGUGGAGGACUUAACUCCUCCAUGAUAACGCCGCGAGCUUCAAAUCUGACCGGUGUUGAGAUUUAUUCAGUACAAUCUUCGCGAGGGCCGACGCCGAGAGCUUCGAGCUUUAACCAGACAGAUUUCUACGCUAUGUUUAAUGCAAGCAAAGCUCCGAGCCCUCGUCACGGCUACACCAAUAGCUACGGUGGCGCCGGUUCAGCUCCGGGGGGAGAUGUUUACUCGCUUCAGUCGUCUAAAGGAGUGACGCCAAGAACGUCGAAUUUUGAUGAGGAAGUUUUGAAGACGAAGAAAGGAGCAAGAGGAGGGAAAAACAUUAGUGGUGAAUUAUAUAACAACAAUAAUGUUCCAUCGUACCCUCCACCGAACCCGAUGUUCACGGGGUCAACGAGCGGAGCAAGUGGAGUCAAGAAAAAGGAAAUUGGUGGCGGAGGAGGACAGAAUAAGGAGAUGAACAUGUUCGUGUGGAGUUCUAGUGCUUCUCCGGUGUCUGAAGCCAACGCCAGGAACGCUAUGACAAGGGGUGCCUCCGUCGAUUUAUCCACCGACCCAAAAGCUUCACUUCCUCCUCAAGAAAACCUCGCUUACAAAGCGAUGCAUAGUCUGAUAGAGAACAUGACACCGGGAAGAAAAGGGCAUGUGGAGAUGGAUCAAGACGGUAAUAACGAAGGAAGGUCAGGGGUGAAUUCGUCACCUUACAAUGGGAAGAAAGGUAGUGACGUGGAAGACGGUGGUCCCGGCGGUCCAAGGAAACAGCAGAUGCCGCCGGCGAACGUGAUGACGAGAUUAAUACUGAUAAUGGUUUGGAGAAAACUCAUUCGAAACCCUAACACUUACUCUAGUCUCUUUGGCCUUGCUUGGUCCCUUGUCUCCUACAAAUGGAAUAUAAAGAUGCCAACCAUAGUGAGUGGAUCGAUUGCGAUACUAUCUGAUGCUGGUCUCGGCAUGGCUAUGUUUAGUCUUGGUCUAUUUAUGGCAUUGCAACCAAAGAUAAUAGCAUGCGGAAAAUCAGUGGCAGUCUUCGCGAUGGCCGUAAGGUUCUUGACCGGACCGGCCGUGAUCGCAGCCACCUCAAUUGCAAUUGGUCUUCGUGGCAAUCUCCUCCAUAUCGCUAUCGUUCAGGCUGCUCUUCCUCAAGGAAUUGUUCCUUUUGUUUUCGCCAAGGAAUAUAACGUCCAUCCUGAUAUUCUCAGCACUGCGGUUAUAUUCGGAAUGCUGGUUGCUUUGCCUGUAACAGUGCUAUACUACGUUCUUUUGGGGAUUUAAGUUAUAAUCAAGACGUAAUGGCAAAUUAAAGGUAAUUUUUAAAAAAAUUACUAAGAAAAGAAAGGAGACUAAUUCCAGUUCAGGCUUAGGUGGAUGGACUAUGCAAUGUCGUAUUAAUUAAUUUAUUGCAGA